UUCUUAAAAGUCGAAAAAGGUGCACAAAUCGUCAAACCACGUUCGAAAAUCGCAGCGCAGUGUGGAUAGAAAAUAAAACUCUUUAGUUAGUGCUUCUAAUAGAGAUAAAUUUAUAGUGUUUGUGCAUAACGAAUGUAAAUAUCAUUUGUUACCGUAUGCAAAUCAAAUAAAUUGUUUUGUGAUGAGUGAUUGGAAUAAAUCAAAUUAAGCGCAAUAUUCACCUAUGGGCGAUUUGCUGUACGCUCGGCUACCAAAGACGAUUGCCUGGGCGAAAGUUAACAGCUAGCAAGGAUGUGAUGUGAAAAAUGGGAAAAAGCGAUAAUGCAAUCAAAAAUUAAUGAUAUAUAAGUGUUUAAUAAAUGAAAAACGCGUAUUGAUCAAUACCAUAACAAUUGUGUAGAAAACGUGUGCAGAAGUUGUAGUUAAGGAUUUGCGAGUUAAAACUAAGUGAAACAUAAAUGCAUUAACAUUUGGAUUAGGAACAACGUCAUAAUUAUAAAUUGGUGCGUGUGACCUUCUGUGCUCCCAACUGGAAAUAUACCGCACGCCAUUGUGUGUUACUUCCCUGAGUUGGUUGGUGAAGACGCAUGUAUCUAAAUCCGUGCCUACGCCCAUCAUAAUUAUUUUGUUUGGCGUUUUUCCAAAAGUGAUUUUGCAAUUUAUAAGUUUACUUUUAUUUAUAAAUGUUUGUGCUUAUAUAAAUGUACUUGUGGUUUAAAAAUUGAACUUUUUUUCGAAAAUCAAUGCAAUGGAUUUAGUUAACUUAAUCAGAUCAUCGUACGAUGACUGUGGAUUGAUGUUUUCCGAAUCAUGGUACAAGGUACUGAAAAUGGAAAUCAAAAUUACGGUCUACAUAUACAUUUGUAUAACGCUAUUGACGUUAAUCGUCAUCGGCUGGUAUAUAUUCUACAAGCGUUGGCAGCGCAAUAAGGAGCGGCAACUCAUGUUGCAAGCACAAAUACGAGGCUCCUCCACAGGCGCCGCUGGCGAUAUGACGGGUUUGCGUUUCCGCAAGCGCGACAAAAUGCUUUUCUACGGCCGACGCAUGUUGCGCAAGGUGAAAAAUGUGUCCGGUCAAGUGUACGGCGGACAGGGUCGCAAACGGAAAGCGGUGAUGCGCUUCGCCAAACGCAUCCUACAGCUGCGGCGUGAGAAUAUACCAACGCUAUUGAACACCGUAGAGCCGCCGGCUGAAUAUCUACAGGAGACCACCGAGGGUGGCGAGCGAGUGCCGCCCGAUGCGCUCUACAUGCUGCAAAGUAUACGCAUAUUCGGACACUUCGAGAAGCCGAUUUUCCUAAAGCUUUGCAAGCACACCGAGGUGCUGACGCUGGAACCGGGCGAUUUCCUCUUCAAAAUCACCGACUCCGAUGACAGUGUAUUCAUUGUGCAAUCGGGUUUGGUGCAUGUUUUCAUUUCAAACGCCGACGGGAGCACGUUGUCGCUGAAGACUGUGAAGAAAGGCGAAUCGGUGACGUCGCUGCUAAGUUUCAUUGAUGUGCUGUCCGGCAAUCCGAGCUUUUACAAAACCGUCACCGCCAAGGCGAUGGAGAAAUCCGUCGUGAUACGUCUGCCAAUGCAGGCUUUCGAAGAGGUGUUCAACGAGAAUCCCGACAUCAUGAUACGUGUCAUACAGGUGAUUAUGGUGCGUUUGCAGCGCGUGCUCUUCACGGCUCUGCGCACCUAUCUGGGCCUCAAUUCGGAGUUAGUGCAAAGCCACAUGCGCAUAAAGAAAAGUGCCGGCGCCUCUAUUUUAAAGACAUCGCCGCUCCAUCGGCGCUCCACACACCCGGAUUCAGUACAGCAUUCGCUGUCGGAUUUCAUGCCACCGCCAGACAUGCUGGUGGACUUGGCGCACGACACCGAGCGACAUAUGGGCAUACAGGCAGCUUUACCGAAUUCACAGCCAGCCGGCAAUGGCUCUGCGAGCGGAGCUGGCGCUAGUGGAGGUGGUGGCGGUGGCCAACAUACUUUAGCCAAUUCGCGCGCGAACAGCAUUGGCAACUUGGUGACGCGUCGCUAUUCGCUCAUACACGCCGAAGCGCUGGCGAAUGCCGCCGCAGCUGAAUUGGCCAGUCUACGCGGUUAUGCCUUGGAUAGUUUCUUGCGCGAACUAGGCUUGCCGGAAGAGGAUCGCGCUUUCAUCGAUCCAUACGUGGAGUUAAGCGAAGUGGAGCCAAAUGUGUCGCUAAUCAACGAGGGUAAUGUGGAUGACAUCUGCAUCUGGAUUGUGCUCACAGGCGCUUUGAAUGUGUACCAGAGCAACGUGGACGUCACACGCACCGUACAAAAGGAAUGUGCAGAUGUCUUUAUUUACACUGUGCAUCCAGGUGAGAUAGUCGGUGGAUUGGCAGUGCUCACAGGCGAGGCAAGCACUUACACCAUAAAAGCAAAGCAUGUAACCCGGCUCGCCUUUAUACGUCGACCAGGCGUUUAUGCCAUAAUGCGCGAGCGGCCUCGCAUCGUGCUUGAUCUCGGCAAUUGCGAAGUGCGUCGUCUUUCGCCGCUAGUGCGUCAAUGCGAUUACGCGCUCGACUGGGUUUUCCUCGAGUCCGGACGUGCCGUCUACCGACAGGAGGAGAACAGCGACAGUACUUAUAUUGUACUUAGUGGGCGCAUGCGUUCUGUGAUAACGCAAGCAAGCGGUAAAAAAGAGAUCAUCGGCGAGUAUGGCAAAGGCGAUCUUGUGGGACUCGUGGAGAUGAUAACAGAGACUUGCCGCACUACGACUGUGAUGGCUGUGCGCGAUUCAGAACUUGCCAAAUUACCUGAGGGACUCUUCAAUGCCAUCAAACUGCGUUACCCGAUUGUCGUAACGAAGCUCAUAAGUCUGCUAAGUCAUCGUAUUUUGGGCACAAUGCAGACACGUCAUGGCAGCACGGCAGCGCCUUUGGAGGCGAAUCCGGUCACACAUAAAUACUCCACCGUCGCGCUGGUACCGGUAAGCGACGAUGUACCCCUGACAGCGUUCACCUAUGAGCUUUAUCAUUCACUCUGUGCUAUUGGUCCGACUCUGCGUUUAACAUCCGAGGUCGUGCGUAAACAACUCGGCAUGCACAUCUUCGAGCCAAGUAACGAAUACCGCAUGACCUCUUGGCUGGCACAGCAGGAAGAUCGCAACACAAUCACCCUGUACCAAUGCGACUCGUCACUGAGCGCAUGGACGCAGCGUUGCAUGCGUCAAGCUGACGUUGUACUUAUUGUCGGUCUCGGCGAUCACGCACCGACGGUCGGUAAAUUCGAACGCGAAAUCGAUCGUCUGGCGAUGCGCACACAAAAGGAGCUCGUCUUGCUCUAUCACGAGUCUAGCAGUUCGAAGCCGAAAAACACGCUGCAAUGGUUAAAUGUGCGACCAUGGGUCACCAAGCAUCAUCACCUGCAGUGUCCGAAGCGCAUGUUCACGCGCAAGAGUCAAUAUCGCAUUAACGAUCUGUAUAGCCGCGUGCUAAUGUCCGAGCCGAACAUGCAUUCGGAUUGUUCACGCCUUGCGCGUUGGCUAACGGGCAACUCUAUCGGUUUGGUGUUGGGCGGUGGCGGUGCGCGUGGCGCCGCCCACAUUGGCAUGCUAAAGGCCAUACAAGAGGCGGGCAUACCGAUCGAUAUGGUGGGCGGUGUCAGCAUCGGUGCGCUAAUGGGUGCGCUCUGGUGCUCGGAUCGCAGCGUGACCACCGUUACGCAGAAGGCGCGAGAAUGGUCAAAGAAAAUGACAAAAUGGUUCUUGCAACUGCUCGAUCUCACUUAUCCCAUCACAUCGAUGUUCUCCGGUCGCGAAUUUAAUAAAACCAUACGCGACACGUUCGGCGACGUCGCCAUUGAGGAUUUAUGGAUACCGUAUUUCACGCUAACGACUGAUAUAACCGCAAGCUGCCAUCGCAUACACACAAACGGAUGUCUGUGGCGUUAUGCCCGCGCAAGCAUGUCCAUAGCCGGAGUUUUUCCACCAUUUUGCGAUUAUAGAGACGGUCAUUUGCUACUCGACGGUUGUUACACCAACAAUGUGCCAGCCGACGUAAUGCACAAUUUGGGCGCCGCUCAUAUAAUUGCCAUCGAUGUGGGCUCCCAGGACGACAUGGAUUUGACGAAUUAUGGUGAUGACUUGUCCGGCUGGUGGUUGUUGUACAAAAAAUGGAACCCCUUCACAACGCCGGUAAAGGUGCCGGACCUGCCUGAUAUACAGUCCCGCUUGGCAUACGUGUCGUGUGUGCGUCAAUUAGAGGAAGUGAAAAACUCCGAAUACUGCGAGUACAUUCGUCCACCCAUCGACAAGUACAAAACGCUCGCUUUCGGCAGUUUCGAUGAGAUACGCGACGUUGGUUAUGUUUUCGGCAAGAACUACUUCGAUGCCAUGGCCAAAGCCGGACGUUUGGGACGCUUCAAUCAGUGGUUCAAUAAAGAGCCUUUAAAGAAGGAGAAUCCCGGCACCUUAAGCGAUUACACCUUCAUCGAUUUGGCGCACAUCGUCUGCAAAUUACCCGAGACCUACAUUAGCAACGAACAUUUGCAUCAGAGUUAUCUGUUUAGCGAAGAUGAGGACUAUGAUGGCUACAUUUCCGAACCCUCGACUUACAAGCGGAUAAAAAUCAAGCGCACAGGCACUUCGCUGUCACUCUCCGAAAACGAAAUGGACUCAGAUAUCGAGGUCGACCUCUCGUUGGCUAUACGCCAACACCACGCGCAUCGUUCGCGCAGCACACCGCACACGCCCGCCUCCGAGUCACACACCGGCGAUCAGGUGGACAGCACUGGCACCGGCAGCUUGGUGCGCUUCGGCAGCAGCGUUGUCUUCAAGGAUAACGGCAUCGCAGCUGUCGGCUCGCAAAUUAGCAUACGCAGCAGUGGGGGCAGUACUGAUUUCAUAACACCCUACGAUGCGCUCAACAUAGACGCUGUAGUCGAUGAGCUGCCCUUAGAUCCCGUGGUGUCGGUAAAGAAAGAGGAGCUCACAGUCGAAUCAUCACUUGAAGCGACAACAACGACACCUGUGAAAAGCACAGAAACGCAAGUCAAAGAGGAGGACCUGCGUACGCCCACGCCGAGCAAUGCCAAUGCGAAUGAGCCCGCCUACGACGCAGAUGCGAUGACUGCAAAUGCCGACUAUGCCGCCUUGUUGCAAAGCUCCAACGAUGCGCCGGCAACACCGACAAAUACUUUAACCCAAAACUCAGCGGCGACAUAAUGACCCACGACUGCGUACAUAUUAGUUCAUAAGUAAUUAUUUAAGGCAUAGAGUGUGUAUGUAUGUGUCUCAUGAGGGAAUGCGUUAGAAAUACAAUAAAAGAAAGCGAGAACGCGUGUACAUUUAUAUUUUGUAGCCAUAAAUAAAUUUAAAGAAGGGAAAAACGUUGAGGGGUUAGAAAAAGUAUACACUGUGGGAAAAACAUUACACCGUGGAAGCAUACACUGUGAAAAAAAUUAUCUAACUUUAUUUUAUUUUAUAAAUCACUACUAAUUAUCAUACUGCUAAGUUGAAAUGGAUUACUGCAACUGAUUUGAAUAUGCCCUUUUAGAGACACACGAAAAGUUUACAUUUUGUUUUCAUGACUAAUACUGAAAAAGCAUAAAUAUAACUUUUUAGCAAGACUUUAAUAUGUUGAAUUCACUCAUUAAAUAAAUAAUUUAACAAAAUAGUUUCUCCUUCUCACACACUUGCCGAUUACAACUGUUAUAGUAUAAGUUAUAUUAAAGAAAGCCUACGGAAGUCUUCUUUAAAAAUUUUUAAACUGAAGACUUGAAUAAUAUACCUGCUUUAGCAAUAUCGAAUUACUGAAUAUAAGCACAUUUAACGAAGAUUUUUUAACUGUUCUUACUUAUUUGAAAUCAAUAAAAAUAAGUCGAAUUAUCAGAAACUCAUUCUCCGAUAUUAAAGUUUGUAAACCAGAAAAAUUAUAUUAACAUAAAUGCAAACUAAAACGAUAUUCUCAUUUUAGAUUUUAUAAAAGUUAGUUAUUCUAGCCCUCUUCUAGUGGAAAAGUAAUUUAAAAUCGUUUGCUUUUAUUUGAGUAAUUACAAAGCUAGUAAAGUUUAAGGCACAAUACACAAGUAAUCACUGGAAAGCAGCAAUGAAAGAUUAUUUUUCUAAAAAGUCUCCUAAUUGUAGUACUUUUUAUGCAAACAAUUUGCCCGGAAUAAAAGUAAAUGUAAAACCUA